GCUUGCGCGGCGUGACGUCACCAUACGGCGCAGCCUGCCGCGGCCGGGGGCAGCGAUGGCGGCCGCCGCGGAGCCGGCCGCGGAGGACCCGCUGUGGAGCUUCGUGCGGGUGCUGGAGAAGCGGGACGGGACGGUGCUCCGACUGCAGCAGUACGGCUCCGGGGGCGUGGGUUGCGUCGUGUGGGACGCCGCCAUCGUCCUCUCCAAAUACCUGGAGACGCCGGGCUUCUCUGGUGAUGGCGCCCACGCGCUGAGCCGCCGCUCGGUGCUGGAGCUGGGCUCCGGCACGGGCGCCGUGGGGCUCAUGGCUGCGACCCUCGGGGCAGAUGUUGUAGUCACUGAUCUCGAGGAGCUGCAGGACUUGCUGAAAAUGAAUAUUAAUAUGAACAAGCAUCUUGUGACUGGUUCUGUUCAAGCCAAGGUACUGAAAUGGGGGGAAGAAAUAGAAGACUUGACGUCACCAGACUACAUCCUGAUGGCUGACUGCAUAUACUACGAGGAGUCCUUGGAACCAUUGCUGAAAACAUUAAAAGAUCUCAGUGGAUCUGAAACUUGUAUUAUAUGUUGUUACGAACAGCGUACAAUGGGGAAAAAUCCAGAAAUUGAGAAAAAAUAUUUCGAGCUCCUUCAGCUAGACUUUGACUUUGAGGAAAUUCCUUUGGACAAACAUGAUGAAGAAUACCGAAGCGAAGACAUUCAUAUUAUAUACAUCAGAAAGAAAAAAUCAGUACGUGCAUUCACAGUUGUCCAUACUCUGAGAUUUCAUCAGCUGAUUCGUGCCUGUGAGCUAAGCAUGAAACUGCCAUCAUGAAACCCUCCUUUCUCUUUCAUCUUACGCACGUCCCUAACAUCCUGGGUACAGCUGUGACUGGAGCAUGUGCAUUCAGCAUGGGAAGAUUGCAUUUCCAGAUUUCCCCAGCACGUCCUUCGAGAUCUGCACAUGGAUGAUGGCUACCAUGGACUGCCCACAAUGUGAAGUACCUGCCUGCCCGUGGGCUUGACGUAGAACUUAGCUUUACUCAGCUCAGCGUCAAGUUCUGCUUUACAAGAACAUUGACAAUCACUCAAGUAAAAUAAACUUUGAGGGUAGCCUCAAGUCUGAAGCAGCAUGGUUGACUCAGUACAUUUUCAAGAAACUAGAGAUAAUUUGAUCCAAUUUCUAUUGAUGUCUAACUUACUAUGCAGUAAUAUUUCGAGGGCUGGUUCUGGUGGUGUACACCUUUAAUCCCAGCACUGGGGAGGCAGAGGCAGGUGGAUCUCUCGAGGUCCAGAUCAGCCUGGCCUACAGAGCAAGUUCCAGGCAUAAUAAGAACCUGUCUCAAAACAAAACAACAACAACAACAAAAACAACAUGAAUGAAAGAAACAAAACUAGAGAUCAGUUGACCCGAUCCAAUUCCUAAUGAUAGUUAUCUGUUUCUAUAUAAUAAUGUUUAAGUUGAAAGCAGUAAAUUUUCAAAGGCAGCCUGUCUUUCUUUUACAUAGUUGUGCAGUAGGUUUUUUGUUUUGUUUGGUUUUUUCUUGUGAUAUCUUUAAUACUUACAUGUUAUUUUAAGAGAAGCUGAAAAUAUUAUCUUGUUUCUUUACUGGCCAGAGUGUUUAUUAUCCAUCACAGGUAGGUGAGUGAAUUAGAUAGUUAAGUAUACUGUAGUGAGUCUCUAAGAAGAUGAAUGAGGAAACCAAGAGAACAAAAAGCUGUCUCAGAAGGAAGGCGUGAGAAAAGAAAGCCAGUUGCGGGCUUCUGUGUUCACAUGGCUGGCACAGUUUUUCUUGUGUAUGCAAGAAAAUCUGAUUUUAAAAUACCAAUAUUAAGACAUAUAUCAUGAUUAUAUGAAACUGUUUUUUGGUUUGUUUUUUUUUUUUUUUUUUUGAGUAACUGAAAAUUCUGUGCACAUUUUUCAAAUGUUUUUGUAUGGUGUUGUCUCCAGUUUUUGUUCCAGUAAUCAUCUGCUCACAUAGACUUAUCUGUCGAUGUCUUAACACUGGUUCCAAAAAGUAGUAACCAGAUGGAAUUCUGGAAUUUACAGUCGUUGGUGCUAGAUGGCAUGCUUUAUGUGUUGAAAUAAACACCGUUCUUGAAA